AUCUAUCUAUCUAUCUAUCUAUCUACUAUCUAUCUAGCCAGUACAGUAGCCCAACGAACGUUGCCACAACCACGAGUAUUGACUUGAGUUGAGUCUCAGUCCAACUACACUGGAACGAACCGGCAGGUUUUGUAUUGGUACAGUAGUGUUUUACACAGCCCUACACAGACCGACCGUUAAAUACAAAACCAGCCGUUAUCGUUCCAUUCGAAACGAACCAGCUACUUAAGGACGGCUGUGCCCCAUCGGUCUCCGGCCUGACCAUCGGGCUGUCGGGCUUGCGCCCUCCCUUAAGCCCUCGGUCAGACCUCCGACCUUCGGGUCCCUGCCUGACCCUUAAGUAGACGGUUCGUUUCUAAUCAUACUGCUACUGAUAACCAUACGGAACUACGAAUACUAACAUGGGUACCAGCACUGGUACUACAGAGUCUCCUCUUCUGCUGAUUGACAAUCAAGUUUGGAUUGGCCAGAUUCUAUCAUGUGUGGGUGUUGGACAGUACGCUUUUGUGGGAGCUGUCAACAAGAAGAUGAAUCAACUGUACAAAGAGUACUGCAAAGUUGAACUCAAGAAAAAUCCGAGAAAUGUAGAAGAUAACCCAGAUGAUGACAGUCGCUGUGCUGAAAUCACCGAUACUCUUUACAGCGAAACAUUCUGUAACGAGCCCCGUGCAGAAUUCUGGCUCAAGGACGAUUCCUACCAAAAGACGCCUACUUAUGCUGAUGUUUGCACUGCAAUUGCCAAAAUUGGAAAUAUUACUGUCAUGCGGUGGGCGCAACAAAAAGGAUUCCCAUGGGAUGAGCAGACUUGUGCCGGUGCUGCUGAAUAUGGACAUUUGGAAAUGCUCCAAUGGUUAAGAGAGAAUGGUUGUCCAUGGAAUCAUAGGACAUGUGAAGAAGCUGCUGAAUAUGGACAAUUUGAAGUUUUGAAGUGGGCUCAUGAAAAUGGUUGUCCAUGGGAUGCAGAUACUUGUGCUAAUGCUGCUGAAGGUGGUCAUUUGGAAGUGUUGAAGUGGGCUCGUGAAAAUGGUUGUCCAUGGGAUGAAGAGACAUGCCGGUUUGCUGCUGAAGGUGGCCAUUUGGAAAUUCUGAAGUGGGCUCGAGAAAAUGGCUGUCCAUGGAAUGAAAUGACAUGUCAUAUUGCUGCUGAAAAUGGACAUUUGGAAAUUCUGAAGUGGGCUGAUGAAAAUGGUUGUCCAUGGAAUGAAUAUACAUGUGACUGUGCUGCUGAAUAUGGACAAUUUGAAGUUUUGAAGUGGUUACAUGAAAAUGGUUGUCCAUGGAAUGAAAGGACAUGUCAAAUUGCUGCUGCAAAUGGAGAUUUGGAAAUUCUGAAGUGGGCUCGUGAAAAUGGGUGUCCAUGGGAUGAAGAUACAUGUCUCCAUGCUGCUGAAUAUGGACAAUUUGAAGUUUUGAAGUGGUUACAUGAAAAUGGUUGUCCAUGGAAUGAAGAGACAUAUCAAACUGCUGAUGACUAUGGCCACUUAGAAGUGAUCCAGUGGCUACGUGAUAAUAACUGCCCUGGGUCUCAUGUCUCAUGAUGAGGAACACUAGCAUAAUUUAUGGUCAAUGCGAAGUGAUCCAGUGGCUAGGUGACAAUGGCUGCCCUGGGUGAUGAAGGACACUAAGGUGCCAACAUAAUUUACGAUUUAUGUUAAGGCCACAGGCCACGAAUUGAAUGUUUUGAUUCAAUCUACUAGCUAGCUAGAGCAGCAGUACCAUUUUUUUGCUCCCGCUGCCCACACUAGUACCGGUAACUAUGCAUACCGGUACACACCAUCACGGGGGAUUGCAAAGCUGUUUGUUGUAAAAAGACCGUGAGAGUC